UUCUAGAGCAGGAACUACUUUCCUCCAGCACUUGACACUGAUGAUCGCCUGCUUGCUGUGCCCUUGUUAGCCAUGAAGCUAACUUAAGUCCCCCAUUUGGAAAAAUGAAUUGAGUUUUAUUUUUGAAAAAGAGAUCUAUCAGACACUUAUAUUUGCUAUUAAGUUGCUUAUAGCAAGAUGUUACGAGCCGGAAGUAUAGUGACCUGCAUGGCCUGCAGGAAUCUGCUUCCUUCCAGAAUGGGAGUAAAGUUUCGAGUACCGCUGCAGAAACUGCACCCACUCUCUCGUGCCAUCCACCAUCGCUACAAUGCAAACAGCAAUCCACAGAGACCACCCCACUGCUCGGCAGCUCGACAUUACACAUCUCUCUCUAGACUCCCCAUGCGCCCUCCGAAAUCCCGGUCAGGGGGCCACGGCUAUCAACAGCAUCGGACCUUCUGGGUGGCCCGUCUUGCUGCCAGACUGCUGAAAUUGAGGUACAUCGUGCUGGGCUCGGCAGUUGGAGGUGGAUAUACAGCAAAAAAGACGUAUGAUGAGUGGAAGGACAUGUUUCCUGACAUGAGCCAAUACACAUGGAUUGUGCCAGACUUUGUUUGGGAGCUGAGUGAAAAUAUUGACUUGGCCAAGCUUGCCAGUGCUUUGCCUGAAAUGGAAGAGAUUGCCAAACUUCUGCCCGACAUGGAAAAGAUUGGCGAGAACUUUACCUUCCUGAAAAGUCUACUCUCCAGUGGUUUGGGUAGUGAAGUCAAUGGAGCUUCUGGUCUGCUUCUGUUAUUAGAAACCACAGGUGAAUCGGCCCUGAGAGCACCAGAUAUUCCACCAACAUCUGCAUCUAUGUCUGACAGCAGUGAUAAACAGUUCAAAAAGCAGGGGCUGCUCAGCGAGCUCAUUCUCAUUCAGCAGCAGAUCCAGCAGCACGAGGAGGAGAUGCGGCGGGCGGCGGCAGCAGCCAAUAAUGCUCCGCCUCCGCCGCGUGAACCCCGCCCCAGCCCGGCCCCGAACCCCUCGCAACCCAAACAUAAGUCAUCUGAUAAAGAAAAAGUUGACCAGCUUCAAGAAGAACUUCUUCGAACUCAGUUGAAGUACCAACGAAUGCUAGAACGUUUGGAGAAGGAAAAUAAGGAACUGAGAAAAGUCGUACUGCAGAAAGAUGACAAAGGCAUUCACCAACGAAAAGUCAAGAAGUCUUUAAUUGAUUUGUACUCUGAGGUCCUGGACAUCCUUUCGGAUUAUGAUUCCAACUACAAUACCCAAGAUCACCUGCCACGGGUUGUGGUAGUUGGAGACCAGAGUGCAGGAAAGACCAGCGUGUUAGAGAUGAUUGCUCAAGCCAGGAUCUUUCCCAGAGGCUCUGGAGAGAUGAUGACUAGGUCUCCUGUCAAGGUGACGCUAAGUGAAGGAGCUCACCAUGUAGCAAUGUUCAAAGACAGCUCCCGUGAGUUUGAUCUUGGGAAAGAGGAGGAUCUAGCAGCCCUGAGGCAUGAGAUCGAGAUCAGGAUGAGGAAGAGUGUGAAGGAGGGGCAGACGGUCAGCCCAGAGACCAUCUCUUUAAGUGUUAAGGGCCCGGGAAUCCAGAGAAUGGUGCUGGUUGACUUACCCGGAGUCAUCAGUACUGUGACAACAGGAAUGGCCGCUGACACAAAGGACACGAUUUUCAGCAUGAGCAGAGCUUACAUGCAGAAUCCAAAUGCCAUCAUUCUCUGCAUUCAGGAUGGCUCAGUAGACGCCGAGCGUAGUAUAGUCACAGAUCUGGUCAGUCAAAUGGACCCUCAGGGCAAAAGGACCAUCUUCGUUCUCACCAAGGUUGACCUGGCAGAAAAGAACCUGGCCAGUCCAAGCAGAAUCCAGCAAAUAGUUGAAGGAAAAUUAUUCCCAAUGAAGGCAUUAGGCUACUUCGCUGUAGUAACCGGCAAAGGCAGUACCAAUGAGAGCAUAGACUCGAUAAAGGACUAUGAAGAGGACUUCUUCCAGAACUCAAGACUACUGCGAGAUGGCAUGUUAAAAGCUCAUCAGGUGACCACGAAGAACCUGAGUCUUGCUGUGUCCGACUGCUUCUGGAAGAUGGUCAGAGAGUCAGUGGAACAACAAGCUGAUGCCUUCAAAGCAUCCCGAUUUAAUCUGGAGACUGAAUGGAAGAACAACUACCCUCGCUUACGAGAGCUGGAUAGGAACGAGCUCUUUGAGAAGGCCAAAAACGAGAUCUUGGAUGAGGUGAUCAGCUUGAGUCAGGUUACACCAAAACACUGGGAAGCUAUCUUGCAGAAGAAGCUUUGGGAGAGGGUCUCAACGCACGUUAUUGAGAACAUAUACCUGCCUGCUGCCCAAACCAUGAACUCUGGCACCUUUAACACCACUGUAGACAUCAAACUCAAACAAUGGACUGAUAAACAACUUCCUCAUAAAGCACUAGAGGUUGCAUGGGAGACGUUGCAGGAAGAGUUUGCCCGCUUUAUGGCAGAAUACAAAGGGAAAGACCAGGAUGACAUCUUUGAUAAGCUUAAGGAAGCUGUUAAGGAAGAGAGCAUCAAACGACACAAGUGGAACGAAAGAGCAAUGGAUAGCUUGAGAGUGAUUCAACACAAUGCUCUGGAGGAUCGCUCUAUCACAGACAAGCCGCAGUGGGACGCUGCUAUUCAGUUCAUGGAGGAAACGCUCCAGUCUCGUCUAAAAGACACUGAAUCAGUAAUAGGAGAUAUGGUGGGUCCAGACUGGAAGCAGCGGUGGUUAAGGUGGACGAAUCGAACAGCAGAGCAGCACAUUCGUAACGAAACUAAAAACGAGCUGGAGCGUCUGCUGAAGCUUCACGAUGAUCACACCGCCUACCUGGCCAACGACGAGGUCACCACAGUGCGUAAAAACCUUGAGGCCCGAGGGGUGGAGGUGGACCCCGUUCUGAUCAAGGACACGUGGCACCAGCUUUAUAGACGUCACUUCCUGCAAAAGUCUUUGCUUCAUUGUAACCUCUGCCGGCGAGGCUUCUACUACUACCAGAGGCACUUUGUAGACUCUGAGCUCGAGUGUAAUGAUGUAGUUCUGUUCUGGAGGAUCCAGAGGAUGUUGGCCAUCACAGCCAAUACUCUUCGACAACAACUCACCAAUACAGAGGUUCGCCGACUUGAGAAGAACGUUAAAGAAGUCUUGGAGGACUUCGGUGAGGAUACCGAGAAGAAAGUCCAGCUGAUCACAGGCAGGAGGGUUCAGCUGGCAGAAGACCUCAAAAAAGUGCGGGAAAUUCAGGAGAAACUUGAAGCCUUCAUUGAAGCUCUUCACAAGGAUAAAUAGAGCAGAAGAAUCGUCUUUAGGACACAUUCAUGCCCCUACAGAAGAUAAUGCACUGAUCAAAGACAUCAUUUUUUUGUCUCUUUCCCCUUUGAAAAUGACUGUCCUUCCAGCUUCUUCUCUCAUCUGGUUUUAACAUGGAAAGUCCUGCUUCGGAUUUCAAUCACAAACUCGCUCUUCCCCUUAAAAGCUGCCUCUGUGAAGCAAGCAAAGCUUUGCUGCACAUUUAAUCUGCACAUGGAGCAAAAGCACUUAGUCAAGUAUAGAAAGGUACCCGUCAAAACACCAAUACUUUAUUCUUUCCCCCCACUGCUUAAAGCCGCCAAUGUGUUCACCAGACAUGUUCUCCAUGCACGGGGAGGGAAAAAAGUGAACGUGCAUCCUCACUCAUCCCUUUGUCUCAAUAAUUGAGUUUGUCCGGGUUUCUCUUCCUCUUGAUGUUAUUAAUUAAAUGCAACUGCUAUUGUUUUGCAAUGCCGUGAAUACAGAAAAAUUCUAAACUGUGUUUUAACACCAAUUGUCACCUUUGUGAUUUCACGGAGUUUGGACGAUAUCCCUCUUUUUGAAGAAUUGGCGAUGUCAGAGAUAAAAUAAUAAAAUUUUACAUUUAAUUAUCUGUAAUUAUUUUGUAGAGUUUACAUUUAUAUAUGCAUCUGUUUGUAUAGUAGAUCUCAUCUGUUCAUCAUAGUUAAAGUCUAAUAAUCCACUUUUCUGCUAAAAGUCACAUGACUUUGGUUGAUAGAUGCAGAUGGAUGCCUGUGAGGUCAGUUUUAAAAUUGUAAAACAUGGCUUUAAUUAACUGAGGCAAUUUCUGUUUACCACAAAAUAUAUCGUCCACCUCUUCUCGCACAGGUGGAUGAAACUGCAUAUCCAGUCUACUUAUAGGCUCCACCGACUAUUUCUCUUCACUUUGCUUUCUUUAAACAGAAAUAUUCUGUAAAAGGUUUAAGAAAUGGAUACGAUGUCCCCCCGGUCACCUUCAGCUAUUGUGCACUUUCAUUCAUUAAUUGCACAUUUUGUAUCUCCCUAAAAUCAAUAGGGAUUUUUGAGGUCUGCCUGGGUUUAAUUAAAUGUAAAAUUCUCUUCAGUGUCCUCAUAAAUGUGAGUGUAAGGAGCGUUUGUUCCUAGUGUCUCAUUUAUGUAAAUGGGUAAAUAUACAUGCACUUGUAAAGUAUUGCUAUAGUAAGGCAUUGAAAUCAUGGAUCUGUUAUCACAGUGGGGAAGUAGAUGAGAGUGGUUCUUGUCACAAAACAUCUGUAUGUCAGUUUAAGAAAGUUUUUCCCCUUUUCUGUUGUAGAUUGUAAUGUUUGCAUGUGCCCCGUCAGAUGUGGUUUAUUUAUUAAACUGGUGUUAAAUAAGAAACAAUAAAAGUGACUUUAAAAGGA